GUGGUGAACCAGACCGUCCCCUGAGCCGUUGCCUAUCUGAAAUCCGGCCGGCUCCGCUACCAAAUCCACGUCAUCAGUCACCCCGCCGCUUCUCCCUUUUCCGAAGGCCGUCGGCUUCUCGGGGUACUGUAGAUCGGCGGGCUUCCGGGGAAUUUACGACAGCUUGGCUGAAAACCUCGAAUUUUGACUUGCGACAAGGGGUCGAAGAGCCGGAAGAGCAGCAAGAACCAGAAGAAGCUAUGGGAGUGCCGACACAAGCCGACCAACUGGACCAUGUACGCUUUACGAGCGGUAUUGAACGACCAGUUCAGCUAACAAGAAUUGAUUCAAACUACUCGAUUAGUGAAAACGAGGAGGAAAGCGAAAAUGGGUCGACACUGGAUAUUGACAAGACUCCCGAGUCUGCAGAAACCACUUGGCUUAGGGAUAAAAAGGCAAAAACAUCACUACUCACAGCAUGUACAGUAUUCUACGCACUGUUCUUAACCAUUUUCUCACUGGUACUCGAGCUGGCUCACUUGCUCAAUGAUGAGGAAUCCCGGAAGCUGAACAAGAAGGAUAUUAUAUUUGGCCUAUACAUGUAUGGCGGGUCUCUGUUGUUCUUUUUCUACAUGUACAUUGUCCUACUACUCAACCCAAGAUGGUAUUCAACUAUGGAAUAUUUGAAGAAACUCUUCGGAAUCUGCAGAACCAGUCCCAAAGUUGCUCCAUCCUCAGACUCCCUCAGCUCAGCUGCGGCGACAGUCCGGAAAGUGACCCACAGUAGUCCGUCGGCGGGCAGUUUAUUUCUGAGAUUGGGCUCUGUCGUUUUCGGUGUGACCGGAGUGGUUUACUACGCGUUUCUGGUAUUUCUCUGUGAGCUCGACCCGAAUUGCUCAGCGCUGUCCACCUCGUUGGAUGUCUGCGCGAUUCUGUUCAUUUUCAUCCAAAUGCACUUUAUUUUUUGCAAUUGGAAAUUAUCGAUUACCGGGUCACAUAUGGUGGCGAGGGUUGGUACCAUGCAUUUAGUCGCGGCAAACUUAUGGACAUGGAUUCGUUAUGUUCUUAUGGAGGAGGGCGUCAUGGAGAAGGAAAUUAGAGAAGUGUUCAACCACCGCCCGCCGGGCCAUAACUAUAUGCGGAGCAACUCCUCCGACUCGUCGUCCUCCGCCGAAAACUCAAUGGAGCAAUUUUUGGGAGACGGCUCACAUGAAGAUGAGCAUUUUGAGAAGAAAAUUAUGCCUGGCAGUUGUCAAGCUGUUGAGUGUAUUUUGGGAAGUAUGUCAGAAAUAAUGUUCACCUCAAUUGUCGAGUACUCCUUAAUAGCCGCGGCGGUCAUGUACAUUGUCUGGAGGAAUAUUGGCCGCCAAGACCAGGGCUCCACCUAUGUUAAGCGAAAGCACCAAAUCCGUGUAGAUUGCUCCAAAACUACUACUGGACUAUUUCUGGGUCUAGCUUUCUUGGCAGUAACAUUCACUUCAAUGGUGGUUUAUUAUGGAUUCACUAUGAUGAAUAAGUCACAGAGCGCGGCGUUCGUCUACGCGUUUACUGACAUGUUUCAGUACGUCCUCUCAACAAUCGGAGUUCUCACCGCUAUCUAUCAAAUGCGAGCUCUCAAAUAUUUCAAUAAAAAGACGAAAUUACAAAAUUCGGAUCAAGAACUGUUGGAUCAAAUUUUGCUUUCAAUUGGUUUAGUCGGAGAGCUAAUUUAUUCCGUAGCUGGACUCGUCGGGCUCACCGGAGAGAAGCAGUGGACCAAUUUUUCAUUUAUCUUGCUUUUUGUGCAUAUUUUUAGGCUUAUUCAGGUUGGCACCCAAACGUUCCUAUUACACGUGGCAAGAAGUGUCCGAAUGGGAUGUGAGCAUCGAGAGGCUCAACCUGGAAAGCAGGCGAUUACGUUUUUGCUCACUGCGAAUUUAGCCAUAUUUUUCAUGAAUUUAUUUGAAAGUGAAAAAGCGGGAGUUUCUGAGAUGAUCAUUGAAUACUACGGAAAGCGCUCGUGGGUCUUCCUUGUGCGAAGCUUCUCCCCACUCACCAUUUUCUACCGAUUCCACAGCUCUGUGUGCUUCGCCGAGAUCUGGAAAAACGUAUACGCUGCUAAAACUCAUCUGGUGCACAACUCGGCAACCUCCACAGCUACUCCUAUUAAUAUUUAAUUUUUUUUUGUUUUUCGAAAAAAAUUCGAACAAUUUUUUUUGGUAUUUUUAAUUUUGUUCUAUUUGUAAAAUGUCAACGAUGUUCUUUUUGUUACGGGUUUUCUGGAUUAUGAACCUAUUUUUAAUGAAAAGUUUGU